UCAAUACGCACUGACACAACCCUGUUUAGAACAACUAUCACUCGCAUUUCAACAUUGUUAGGAGAAGUUUGAGUCUCGGAGAUCUGUAUUUCCUCUUUUAAAAGCUUUUGCAAGGUGGAUUUUAGGUGAGACUAUCAACUUUCCUGAGGCGUGAACGCGGAGCGCGUGCUACUGGAAGAGUGCGAGAUCUAGAUCAUUGAGUAUGCAGUAACAGGACACUGGCAUUUGGGCUGAAGGAGAGAUUUCAUCUGUUUUUAGGCUCGCAUGGAGGGUGAGAAUCAUCUGCAGCACUGGAACACAUUAAGGUGUUUUCUGUUGUGUCUUGUAGUCCUUAUCCUUACGACAGAUGUCAACGCAGGAGUAAAGAAGAGCACUGGACCAUGUGGAGGAAGAGACUGCAGUGGUGGGUGUCAGUGUUACCCUGAGAAGGGCGCAAGGGGAUUGCCUGGACCACUUGGCCCCCAGGGUCCCACAGGCCCUAAAGGGCGACAGGGAGAGCCUGGCCUUCAGGGCCCUAAAGGAAUGAAGGGAGAGCAUGGCGAAGCAGGCUUCGUGGGUCCAAAAGGAAGUGUGGGAAUGGAAGGGGUUCCAGGGUUUAAUGGAGCUGAUGGUGUACCUGGCCAUCCUGGACCAUCUGGAGCUCGAGGUAAAGCAGGACCUGAUGGCUGUAAUGGAACCCGGGGAGAUUCAGGAAUGCCGGGCUUCCCAGGUUUAGAAGGCGGACAAGGAACACCAGGCUGGCCAGGAAUGAAGGGGGAGAAAGGUGAUCCUUUGGAGGUUUGGGUCUAUAUGGAAAGAUUCAGGGGAGAUCCAGGGCCAGCUGGUUUCCCAGGGAUUGUUGGACCGACUGGUGACCCAGGAUACAGAGGAUUGCCAGGAUUCCAAGGUCCUUGGGGUCCUCAAGGUCUGAAAGGUGCCAAGGGACAAAAGGGUGAAAGAACUAAAAUCUUAAAAGGAGUCAAAGGAGAAUUGGGAGAAAUUGGAGAGCCAGGCCCACCAGGAGUUUUCUCGCAAACCAGCCCAAUCCCUUCAGACUGGCAGGGUGAAAAAGGAAAAAUGGGUUCUAAAGGAGAUAAGGGAGAUUUGGGAUAUUUAUCCACAAAAGCAGAGAGCGGCGUGUCAGGGUUUGCAGGAGCUCGGGGAAACCCAGGAUUAGAUGGCUGGCCAGGACCUAGGGGUGACACUGGACUGCCAGGUUUCCCAGGAAAUAAUGGCCGCAAGGGAGACGUAGGAGAACCCGGGGAGCUAGUAGGAAGUCCAUUUGAUGAUACUGGAGUGGGUCCUCCAGGACCUCCAGGAGAGCGUGGCCCUGUUGGAAAUUAUGGCCGUAAAGGUGCUAAAGGACAACCAGGUCCUCCAGGACCCCCUCCCUAUGGACAACAAACAGUCGAAUUGUGGGGUCCAGAAGGACCUCGGGGGCCAAAGGGAGCCAGUGGUGAAACUGGAGAACCUGGUAAUCCUGCCACUCAGCCUGGGCCACCUGGUCCUGAUGGGUCACCUGGAAGUGUUGGGCCACCUGGACCCAAGGGAUCAUUGGAAGAGUACUUCAAAGGUUCUCCUGGACACCGUGGACGUCCAGGGAGUGCAGGAAAAAAGGGGCCAAAGGGUGACCAUGGUCUGUGCGAAUGCAGUGUAAAACCCCCACCUGGUCCCCCGGGACCUCCUGGUGAUUCUGGGGAUCCUGGGAUGGCAGGUGAGUGGGGUCAGCAGGGUGAUCAGGGAGAUCCAGGAACCAAAGGUGCCAAUGGUUUGCCUGGUUUUCCUGGCACAGAAGGAUUACCUGGGCCCAAAGGCAGAAAAGGAGAGCUUAUGGAAGCUGUGCAGAAAGGAUCAGCUGGUGACCCAGGAGACCCAGGUCACAGUGGUUUCCCUGGAGAACAGGGAAGACCAGGGAUAGAUGGCAGAGAUGGUGAACCAGGUUUUAGAGGGCCUCCUGGUGAAGGUCCUGUUGGUGAACCUGGAGCAAAGGGAUACUCAGGUCCACCAGGUCGUUCAGGUCUAAUCGGCCCAAAAGGAAAUCCUGGCCAAGUUCUCGGAGCAACUAAAGGUUUAAGUGGCUUGCCUGGAGAUGAUGGACAGACUGGUCCUGAUGGGAGAACAGGGCCUCCUGGUCCUCCAGGAGACUGUAGCUCAAGAGGAGGAAGUCAGUGGAGUAUCCCAGUGGAGUGUAUUGGAGAUCCUGGGCCACCUGGAGAGAGUGGGCUACCUGGACCACGAGGGUUGGAAGGAUUUCCAGGUGUACCAGGACCUAAAGGCACAGCAGGUUUUUCUGGAGAUCUCGGGGAUAAAGGAGAGCGAGGUGAACCAGGAAGAGGAGGCCCACCUGGACCAAAGGGUUUUACUGGACCUCGGGGAGAUUUAGGAUAUCCUGGCACCAAAGGUGUGAAAGGUCCCCCAGGUUUAUCUGGUAAACCAGGUUUGGAUGGAGCUUCAGGGGGAAAGGGUGAACAUGGUGAAGUAUUUGGAGCAUCUUCUGGUGCCCCUGGAGAUCCGGGACUGCCAGGACAUAGAGGAGACACCGGCCUGACUGGAGACCCAGGCUUACCAGGAUACUUUGGUAUGGAGGGUAUGCCAGGUAUGACUGGCCUUAAAGGUGAAAGUGGCCCUCCAGGCCUUCAAGGAGAGCAAGGACGACCUGGACCACCAGGAACAUUUGGUUUUCCUGGGCAGACUGGGUACACAGGACCUCCUGGACCACCUGGAAAUAUUGGAGAACCAGGUCCAAGUGGAAGAAGGGGAGAUCAGGGAGAGCCAGGACUAAUAGGAGCAAGGGGAGUAAAGGGUGCCAUUGGAGACCCUGGCAAUAUUGGUGUGACAGGAAAUAUCGGGCCCCCGGGAGAUCAAGGAGAAACGGGUGGACCUGGUUUUUUUGGUCUCCCAGGCUUAAAAGGUUCCAAAGGUGGUCAGGGCAUGACCGGUUUCCCUGGAAAGACCGGUGAGAGAGGUUUGAAAGGAUUUUCAGGAACGAAAGGGGAGAUCGGUUUACCAGGACACCAAGGUGCAAAAGGAGCUCCUGGUUCUCCAGGUCAAAAAGGUGACCGAGGGCUGACGGGGCCUCCAGGUGACAAACCAGUCAUACAUAUAACCCCACAUAUGAAAGAGGUCAUGAAGGGAUCUAAAGGUGACCAUGGAAAUAUGGGAGAUCCUGGCUUCACUGGUCCCAGAGGUACAAAAGGCUUUCCAGGUAUACCAGGUGGUGAGGGAAAAGAUGGACAUCCAGGUGAGCCCAGUGUUGUAAAAGGUGUAAAAGGUCUUCCGGGAGAACCGGGUUUAGAAGGGCCCAAGGGAAUGCCAGGGCCUACCGGACUCCCUGGAAUUGAAGGUUUCCCUGGAAUGUCUGGACCCAAGGGCAACAAAGGCUCCUCUGGUGCCUAUGGACGACCUGGAGAUUCUGGAAUCAAAGGAUUCAAAGGUGACUUGGGGCCUACCAUCAGUCUUCCAGGAUCAACAGGACUGAGAGGUGAAACUGGACAUCCUGGAAGUACAGGUGCGAAGGGACUCUAUGGUAUGCCUGGAGAAAGAGGAAGUUCAGGAUUAGAUGGAAUUGAAGGGAUGAAAGGCUACCAAGGUGAACCUGGGACAGUUGGACCACCAGGCUCUGAUGGACUACAGGGUUUUCCAGGAAGCCAAGGUCACAAGGGCAGGUCAGGAGACCCAGGACAGACAGGAACCACUGGAAUCCAAGGCCAGCCAGGCCAAAAAGGAUUUCCUGGUCUUAAAGGCAUUUUUGGGUUGGAUGGACUGAAAGGUCAAAAGGGUAACCAGGGUGUCCCAGGUACUGACAACUGGGGCCAACCAGGAAACCCAGGAACUAAAGGAGAGUUAGGAGAGACUGGCAUCCCCAGCACAACAACUGGUGUCCCCGGGUCACUGGGACACAAGGGUACCACUGGAGAUUCAGGAAAUAAGGGUGAAAUUGGGCAGCGAGGUGUACCGGGGCCUCAAGGUCAGCAAGGAUUUUCUGAUAUAAAAGGAACGCAGGGCGACUAUGGUUUUCCAGGCAUAAAAGGAAUACCAGGUUUUCCUGGUACCAGAGGAACCCCAGGGAUCCCAUCUCCCUUCGGAGCAAAAGGAGAUAGAGGAAAUGUUGGUGAUUUCGGAUUAUUUGGAGAAAAAGGAGUCCAGGGUGACAGAGGAGAAAAGGGAAGUUCUGGGGAAUCUGGAGUGUCAGGAAGAAAAGGUGAUAAAGGAGAGCCAGGGAUGAUGGGAUUUCCAGGAAGACGUGGUUUUCAAGGUGACAGGGGCCCUUUUGGACCUAAAGGAGAUACCGGACCCCCAGGUUUUCCUGGAUUACCUGGGGCUAAAGGAUAUCCACCAGUUCCACAGAAACUUCCAGGGGAGCAAGGGCCGCCUGGUCAGAUGGGUAUUCAGGGACCAUCGGGGCGCAAUGGAAACCCAGGCCCUGCGGGACCUCCUGGUGAUUCAGGAUUUGUAGGUCCAAGUGGACACAAGGGGAUGCCAGGUCUUCCUGGAAUACCAGGAAGUCCAGGCUUCCGUGGAGAACCUGGAUCAAUGGGCCACUCUGGUCUGCAAGGCGAACAAGGGACUCGAGGACGACCUGGUAUGCCCGGUCCUCUUGGAAUGGCUGGCCGCAGUGUGAACGUUGGCUAUCUGCUGGUGAAGCACAGUCAGUCUGAGGAGAUCCCCAUGUGUCCUCAGGGCAUGUCCUUGUUAUGGAUGGGUUACAGUCUUCUGUACUUCGAGGGCCAGGAAAAGGCCCACAACCAAGACCUGGGUCUAGCCGGAUCAUGCCUCCCCCGUUUUAACACCAUGCCCUUUCUGUACUGUAAUCCGGGAGACAUAUGCUACUACGCCAGCCGCAAUGACAAAUCCUAUUGGCUGUCCACAACCCAGCCGAUUCCCAUGAUGCCCGUAGAGGAGUCUGAAAUAAAGCCGUACAUCAGCCGCUGCUCUGUGUGUGAAGCUCCAUCUGUGGCCAUCGCCGUACACAGUCAAGAUACAACCAUUCCAAACUGCCCAGUCGGCUGGAGAAGCCUCUGGAUUGGCUAUUCCUUCCUCAUGCACACAGCAGCUGGAGAUGAAGGUGGAGGUCAGUCUCUGGCGUCUCCAGGCUCGUGUCUUGAGGAUUUCCGCACCACCCCCUUCAUCGAGUGCAACGGGGCCAAGGGAACGUGUCACUACUUCGCCAACAAGCACAGCUUCUGGCUGACGUCUAUCGACGAGUCUUUCCAGAGCUCCCCUUCCUCUGAGACACUCAAAGCCGGUCAGCUCCUGUCCCGCAUCAGCCGCUGCCAAGUGUGCAUGAAGAACCUGUAGCCGGUGAACUUUUGACUACAGCAGCGGCUUCCACGGUUAACACCCGCUCAGUACUUCAUUCCAAGUUAGGCUUUUGAAAUUGCUUCAUUUAUUUAAUGUACGCUCUCAGAUUCACUCUUCACUACUGUGUGCCUUAUGACUGAAGAUACUAUGAAAGCACAGCAGCCAUGAUAUCCAUCUUUUCUAUAUUUAUGAAAUGGUGCUUAAUUUCUAACUUAUUACCUCAGCAUUAUUAUUAUUAUCAUCUUACUAUCUGUUAUUGUUGUUAGCAACAGCAUACAGCUGAACCAAAGAAGGCCAUGCUAAUGCUCCUCUUGACCCUGUCAGAGAGUCAAAACCAGUUUCAUUGGUGUUGAUUUACACUAAAUACACAUUCUUCUGGCUUUAACAAAAGCUGUUUGAACUUUUAGUGAAAUCUGGACUUCAUUUGUUGCUAUUCUUAUUUGGUGCAAACAGUAUUUUCUGCUACGCCUAAUGUAAAUAUGAUCUAUUUUUAAAUAUGUCUAUUUUUAAAAUACUCAAACCCAGUCAUUUGAUUGAUUCAGUUCUGGUUUUCAUUCAAAUUUUGAGCGUGAAUCAAAUUAUGCUGAGUUCAGACUGCACAAUUUUCAAAGUAGUUGCAUCACAGAUGCUUUCACACAGCUUGACUAUCUGGGGUAGCGUUCUGUCACUGCUGCUAUGUUUACACCAGGGUGGCUCUCCAGGAACAGGAUUGGUCACCCCUGGUUUACACUGUAGGAUGGAUCGGCAACAGGGGGUUUUAUCUUGCAUGACUUCACGAUAGGAAGAAUCGCUGACAACGUUGUCUCGGUCCGCAAACUACAUCUCAACCAAACACAUAAGAGAAGUGAUGUGGAAACAACACAAGGUCACAUAGUAUAUAUUCUGCAAAUUAACUACACUGUAAAAAAAUCCAUCAUUUUACAGUUUAUUGCCGGCAGCUGAGGUGCCGGAAAAUAACGGCUGUUAAAUCACAGAAAUUUACCAAAAAAUAGCAAACAUUAAAUUAGAGAAAUUUCAUUAAAUUUAAAUUUCUGGUAAGUUUCUGUAAUUCAACCUGUAAUUUAACAGCUGUUAUUUUACUUUUUUUUCCCGGCACCCCAGCUGCUGAAAACAAAGCGUAAAAUUAUGGAUUUUUUUUACAAUGUACACACUGAGAAAGAAGCCUUUAGUGGGGUAGAAAAUGUACUUAUUUUGCUCACCUGGCUUUUGAAAGAAAAUGUCAGUUUUUCCUAAACUUUUUUUUCUUUUUCAACCUGAUUGUGAUUGUUCGCUCAGAUGAAAAGUCAAACACUUUUUCUCCUGUCAAAUUUACACUAGUCUUUCCUUCAUUUCUUGGCUCUAAAUAGACUGAAAAACCCUUUUUUUAACUUCCUCUCCAUCCUCUCGCUGGCCUGCAGAUAUCCAUACUAGUGGAUGCUGCUCUCUGAUUGGCUGUAGAUGAUCGCCAAUGUUAUUUUCAAUCAGAACACAUUUCAUACAGCAUGAUUGGAAUCACCUACAGAUCCAGAUAUUUAGUAGCAUGAUAAAAAUCUGAUAGGUGUCAGCGACUUACUUAGAUGGCGUCUUUGAUAGUUCACUGUGUGAUUGUAACUCACAUGAACAAACAUCGAUUUGCCUGUGAUUAAGGCAUUUGUCUGCGAUUUCUAAAAACUUGGCGGUCUAAUCGGGGCUAAAAUCAUGCAGUCUGAACUCGACAUUAAAUUCACAUCCUUAAAAACAGCCUUGAUGUCUGUUAGGAUCUUAAAGGGACAGUUCAACCAAAAAUGAACAUUUCUGAUUAUUUUCUCAGUGAAUCCUCAGACAGUGUUGAUUUUCUUUCAAGUAAAACAUUUAGGAUUUUUUUUUACUGAUUGUUGUUUUUAAAUUUGAUUUUCACUAAAAACAUGCUCCAUGGCCAUUCAAAAUGUGAAUUAACUGCUUUUGGCACUUUGAGGUCCAAAAUUUGUAUUCACUUUUGACUCUCAAAGUGCCAAAAGCAGUUAAAUCACAUGGAGGUAAACAAAUACAUCCAGACAAAAAAUGCAUACCUAAGAUUUCUGAUAAGGACUAAUGAAGUGAGAUGAUCAGUUUUUACAUUAUUGUUUCCAUUUUUAUGGUGAACUGUGCCUUUAACAAUCUGGCUGUGUGCUUUAACCUCUAUAUAAAUAUUUAUAAUUUCAUCACACUAACACCAUCUACUGCUGCCUGUACAUUGCUUUUGCUUUGUUUGUCCUUCUUCAAAUCACUCAGUUAUUUUCAGCACGACCCUUUUAUCAUGUAUUAUCAUCACUAUUCCAGUGUUUUAAUUUUCAAAAGGUCAUGAACUCUCAGACUUGAAGCUUUUUAUUUUACUAGAGUUUGGUCCGGUCCGCAACCUUGCCUUGUUGUUCCACCAAAUUGCACUGAUGUUUCUAUGAGGUUUACGUGUGGUUGGAAGGCUCAAUCUUUGACCCGCUUCCACCAGAAGUGCCCUUAUUUUCCACUGAGCCUGUAAACAAUGACUAAACCCAACGUGGCUCACCUAAAAGUGUUCAAGUUAUUUUGGACUUUGAGCAGCUUUGGCCGUUUUCAGUGCACAUUGCACAAGUGUUACUGUCUGAAGCCCAUAAACCACUCACCGUGUGUGGGAAAAGAACCAAACGAGAUUCAAAAGAUGUUUUGAAACAGUCACUGCUUUUUUCUUUAUCAAAUGUACUUAAAAUGUAACAGUGGAAUAUUUGAAGACAUUGAUUUUGAAUUAAAGUGUUAUUGAAUAAAAGAACAAUAAAUGCUUUUUGUUUGUUA